UGUCUUCCUGUUUGUAUAGUGUACCGUGAACUCUGCAACGUUAAACUGAAACUAAAGGUAGACUUGGAAUGAUUACUCUGACAAGGUUGUGAUAAUGUUGCUUAGAACAGGACUCUUCAGCCAUCAUUCAGGAGACAAAUAGCAAAUAUUUGUAAUCAAAUUACACAAUAAUGGUCUAGAAAGUUCCAGUAAUAGGAAAUGUAAAGAAAGAGUUUCAGAAAACAUCUACAAAAUCUACAAAUAUGAGAAGUUCAGGUGCACAGAGACUUGAGAGAAAGUUGAACAAACAUGCUGUGACCAUUCUGAUUGGUGGGAUAUUCCUGUCCUUUAGUGCACUCAUGUUCUUAUCUUUCUGCCAUAUGCCAUGUGAGGAUCGAACAUAUGCUGUUGCUCAUGAAACCUUGAAAGAAGCUCAGAAUGAAGCCUACUGGAGUGGGAAUAUGCUGUCCCCAAGACGAGAAAUAUCUGUUUUCCUGGCUGUUAUCAUCCCAUCUGCUCCUGGGAAUGCUAGACAAAGGGAUGUUGUGCGUGAAACUUGGGGCAAUGAUUUAGGAAAGGAUUCAAUCUUACGGUUUAUGAUAGGAUAUGGAAAUGUUAGCUUAGACCAGAAAAAGGAGCUGGAGAGAGAAAAUUUACUUCACAAUGACCUUGUACUUUUAAAGUUAAAUGAUUCUUUUGUAGCUUUAACAAAGAAAAUGUUAGAAUCGUUUAAAUGGUUAGAUAGUAAAAUAGAUUUUAAGUUCCUUUUAAAAGUUGAUGAAGAUACAUUUGUUCAAAUUAAAAAACUAAAAUCAGAAUUAAAAUUAAAACCUAAGAAAAAGCUUUACUGGGGAUUUUUUGAUGGACGUGCAUCUGUUAAAAAGAAGGGGAAAUGGCCGGAAAGUGAAUGGAAACUUUGCGACAGAUAUUUACCUUAUGCUCUAGGUGGAGGCUAUAUUUUAUCUAGUGAUCUGGUCCAUUACAUUGCUUCAAAUUCAAAAAUACUUAAACUUUUCAACAAUGAAGAUGUGUCUGUAGGUGCUUGGCUUGGGUCCCUAGAUAUCCUUCGUCAACAUGAUCCGAGGUUUGAUACGGAAUAUAUCUCUAGAGGGUGUAAUAAUCUAUAUCUUGUUACGCACAAACACAGUAAUAUGCAGAUGCGAGCAUUUAAGCAAAAUUUGCAAAAUACUGGUAAAUUGUGUAUGAAUGAGUUCCAGAAAAGGACAUCUUACAUAUAUGAUUGGAAUGAACUACCCUCCAGGUGUUGUCAAAGAAUUGAUAAAUCCAUUCCAUAGACAUCUACAAUAUUACCUGACACUAAGAAGCUUUGAUGGCUAAUUUGGGAAUAUUCAGUAUUUUACAUCUCUACUCAGGUGCUGUAUCUGUAUUAAUACACAGUAUUCAAAUUGGUAUUGUGUCAACUCUGCUAUGAUGGAGACUACUUUCAUUUCACUCAUUAAUUACUGUUACAAAAAGUAAUAUUCAUAAUGAUUCAUCUUCCAGCAUGUUGAUGAUUAUGAGUUUAAAUUCAUAGUAAAGAAGAGUAAUAAUAUAUUAAGUGAGUGUAAAUUAUUGAACACAAAAGUGAAAUAAUUGUUAUGCAAUAGAUGCUAUAGUUCCCUGGUUCAUAAUUUCUGUAAUAAGGAUGGUUAGCUUAAUGAACUGGUCAUCAUUUUAUCUCCAAAGUGUGCAAAUGUUAAAGGGAAAUAUUUUGCUAUUGUUCUUAAUUUUCGCAAGUAAUCUCUGCUUUCUAAGUGUAGCCAUCAGACCUUCACUCAACAUAGAACUUUCUAACUUGUUUUGACAGAGCUUAUGAAACUCCUCUGUCUAUAUGUAUUUACAUAUUUACUUACCAACUCGAAGGAAAUAUUUAAUGAUUUUAAAAUGAAUGUCUAAAUAUACCGGUAAUAGCAACUGUAGUGAUGUAAUUUAUGUACAGCAACUGUGAGCCCAAUAUAAAUUAUUGGUGAGUUAAAAAUAUAAAAGGUUUUGGAAGAGUAGUAGCCCUUUGUUAUUACCAGCUUUAUAAACUUCUCCCUCAGUUUAACACCUUUCUUCAAACUUCUUCAGUAUGAUUAUAAUGACAUGAUACUGUGCUUUUUCUGUGACAUUUUAACUUUUUUUUCUGUAUUUAUAUUUAUUUCAGUACAAUAAUUUUUUGGAGGGGGGCAGGCAUAUAGUGUUUUGCCCUGUGGUAAUCUAGUUGUAAUAUGUAGCUUGCUUGUGGGUUUUUUGUAACAUAUAUGUACAUUGUAAGUGUUUUACUAUAGGCAUUGUCAAGUACCAAAUUAGUGGCUACUUUAUUGUCUUAUUUGUAUCUGAAAUACAAUUAAACCAAAGGUUUCUGUCAAUCAUUCAUCUGUUUAAAAAUGUCAAAUUAUUCUUAAGUUUGUCCCGGCUAUUUUCAUACAUAAUUUUCAUUGUAGUGCAAUUGUUCUGUCUUAAUUGAUGCAAACAUAAAUAUAGGGUAAUUCUAAAAUCAAUAUGAUCUUUCAAGUCUCUUUUUGAAAAAUGCUGAUAGAUUUCUCAAGGUUUACCAGACUUCAGUUAAUUGUGGUUAACAUGUGUUAACAUGUGUGUAAUCAUGUGAUGCUACUGUAUAAUAAUGAAAUAUUACAGAUUAAUCAAAAUUUGGAAAAAAAUCCUCUAAUAGCCAUGAUAAAAAUUGAUUUACGACAGAUAAAUUAAGAUCUUUUUGAGGUUUCUGGGUUUUUUUCCCCCCAAAUACUUUGUAAUCAAGUGGCUUUUCCACAGAAUGUGAGUCUUUUCUUUUAAAAAAAAUCUGAGCAAAAUUUUAUGAAUGUAUGCUUCAUUAAGACAUGAACUAUGUUAGUAUUGCCCAAUACUCUAUUUUUAUGCCAGAAUUUGGCUGAAUGUAAUUGGUAUUUAAGAUCACAAUUAUAAUAUGUAUCUGCUUUUAUUUUGGAUCAUCUGAGUAAUGUACAGACAUUGGCCAGACCAAGUGUCAAA